AUGCUCAGCUCCGCCCUUCUCCUCGCCGCGCUCGCCGCCGUCGGCUUCGCCCAAGACGUCGAAGUCCCCGCUGCCGAGCCCGCCACCGAGGUCCGCCGCGUCCUGCUCACCUCCAUGGUGGACGUCAAGUUCCUCCUGACCGCCUCCAAGAGCGAGGCCGGUAGCGGAGUUGUCGUGCAAACGCAGACCGACGGUCCCGAGCAGCACUGGCUCCUGCAGGAGGGCGCCAGCACCCUCCAGCUCGCCGACACCACCCUUUGUGUGGAUGGUGGUGCCCAGACCAACUGGAAGGAUAUGGGUACCCUGACCCUUGAGGAGUGCGAGGAGGGCAAGGAGUCCCAGCAGUGGACCGUCAUGGAGGACGGCCGCAUUGCCCUGACCGCGUCCAACCCCCAACAAUGCCUCGACCUUGUCUUCAUGAGGGCGGUCCAGAACAACGCCGUCGGUCUCUACGCCUGCGCCGGUCUAGGCAACACCGGUGCCGCGGACAAGGGUAUCAACUGGCCCCUUGUCGACGUCGAGGCCCCAUAA